GGAGCAUGCAGCUCGUUGGGAUGCUGGUCUCGCGCGCCGACCAAUCAGAGCCGCUCUACGCAAAUCGUCAGCCAAUGAGCGGCCGAAUCAGCCGAGAACAGCUGGUAACAUCAAGGUAGCCAGUUCACAUUUUAAUUUACCGGUGACCUUUUUGUUUUUGGUUUUCUGCACGCGGACGAGCAAGCAGACGGCUGCGGAAGGAGCCAUCGCUUCGUAAGAAAAUGAAUGGCGACUUUAUGUUCCCACCACCUGAAGAAACGAUUCGGCCUGGCGAUUACGCCAUCGUAACCUGGGACUUGGAGACCACAGACAGACACUUUGACGAUCUGAUCUGCCAAAUCGGAGCCUUCUGUCCAGGCCAUAACACCUUUAACCAAUACGUCUUGCCGACGAAAGUCAUCAAUCAUGAAGCUGCCGGCAAAAUUCAUCUUCAGGUGGUGGUGCAUGAAGGGCGCCGAGUCCUCAUCGACACAGUUACUCGGCAGAUCCUCGAGUCGGUGGAGGAACAACUCGCUCUGCAGCGCUUCAUGGGCUGGUUGUACUCGGCCAAAGGCAACCACGCUGGCGUGGUGCUCAUCAGUCACUCCACCAUCAAACUGGACGUGCCUGUCCUCCUGCAAGCUCUUGCCAGGCACAAAUUAGAAGCUAAAUUUUUUGAACUCGUUAUCGGCUUUGGCGAUUCCUUCGGACCUUUCUCAAUGGAAAUGCGCGGCCAAUUUCCUGUCUUAUCUCUGCAGUCUCUGUACACAGCCAUUGUUGGACCGCGAGCGGAACAACAUGAUGCUGCCAGUGACGCUGAAGCAGUCUAUCGUCUCUUGGAAACUGCUUUUGGGUCGCCACUCUCCCUCAAUAUCCCACAACUGCAGCGCUACUGCUACACGCCGCGAGUGAUGGCUUACUACGUGGAAUGGAAGCGCCGGCUGAUCGAGAAGGCAAAGCAGAUGAAGCCGCUGGUGGCGCACAUCACCAACUGGAAGGUGGCCGGCGGCAUCAAGUGGGACCUGCUGACCAUCGGCUACGACUACUCGACGCUCACCUUCCGCUACCAGACGCUGGGCGAGGAGCGCUUCAUCGCCGAGCUGCGCUACCAGAUGCACUGGAAGAAGCAGAACGACAUCUGCUACCUGACGCACACGUCCGAAAUCGACGCCGAGACCAUCGUGCAGGGCGUGCUGCAGCAUUUCCGGAACCUCGGCGCCGAGCGGAUGCCCCUGCAGCAGCCCGUCUAUCAGUAUCAGGUGGCCAACUAGACGGUGAGCGAGCACCCCUUUCGUUUUGACAGCUUUCGCCGUUUUGCUCAUUUCUCCGGCUCACGCAAAAAGUUGUUACUCUGAAUAAGCUUGUCUUGGUUAGUCCUACGCUGAAACUUUUUCUAGUCUUGAUGCUCUCUAUAAUGUAGAAAAAAAUGGACUGAUAGCAAUGAAAGCCAGUUCGUUUUGUUGACGAUAAUUAUUAUUGCAACUGAACUCGAGAUGUUUCUUCAAGCUUUUAGUGAUUCCUUGAAGACCGUCUUGGACCAAGUUUCUGAGCUCACCAAACGAUUAUUGAGGGUUAAAUUAGGUAAAGUGGUCAUUUUUCCCUCCAAAGAGUCGAGCGUGACGUGCGAACCUUUUUUCCCGCCAAAACAAUAUGAAAGCGAGAACUGCGCAUGCGUCAGAGCUGGUUUUGCAGAGGGACCGCCUGUGCCUGUGCGAAUGACUUAUUUGUUACAUCCAGCCAGCUCUGACGCAUGCGCAGUUCUUGCGUUCAUAUUGUUUUGCCGGGAAAAAAGUUCGCAUGUCGCGCUCGACUUUUUGGAGGGAAAAAAUGACCAAUUAACCUAAUUUGACCCAUAAGAAACGAUUGGUGGGCUCAGAAACUUUGUCAAAGACGGUCUUUAAAAUCGUGGAACAUGCACUUGUUGGACUUUUUGCGUAGGUUGCUUCAUUGACUGAAGUUUCGCAAGAAUCGAUGCUUUUUAAGAACUGCAAGUAAAAAAUGUUUGUUUGGGAAGAUCAGGGUGAAUGGUACAAGAAGUGCAUUUAUGUUUUAAAAAAUCAAAUUGGGUGUGCAAAAAUUUUGGGUGUGCUGAUUUCACACAAAUUGUGAUAUAAAAGCAUUACAAAUCUGUGAUUAUCAGUUAAAUUUGUAUGUAAACCUCAUCAUUUCUCGACAGCACAUCAAUUAAUUUAAUGAAUGGAAACUCUACAUAAUAUGCCUGCUUCUUCACACGAUGAUUUAAAAAGAAAACGGAAUAAAAAUUGCUUCCAUUGUAUAGCUGUUUACUGUUAGAAAUUGGAUAAUAUGAUGAUGUAAAAUUAGAUAUAUCAUAGGUCACAAUAUACACUUUCUGUGGAAGGGAUCGCAGUCCAUGAAUAUUAUGCCAUUAAUUGCCGAGUCUUGCACGUAAAUGCAACUUGACUGUGUAAUUAGAGAGGAAACUAAUUUCACAAACUUUUGUACGCUCUGUUAUUUGAGUGUAGCAUAAUUGACGCUCGCGAAUGGCUUUUUAAAAGCGUCCGAGCGUCAGCUAGGAGGAAAGGGCAGAAUCAAAACAAAACGUUUAAAUUCAAGUCCUCAUAUACUGUUGUUUUACGAAAUAGCGAACCGAUUAUAGACGAUUUCUAAUUAUUACGAAAUAAUGAAAGCAAGCAAUAUUGUGACCAUCAACCCUCGAAAAUUUGCGUCAAUCGAGCUGGAUGAUAAGUUAAAAAUGAAUAUAGCGUUGAAACUCCCACUCUAUCUAUAUAUUUUUUCACAAUUUAUUCAUUCAAUUGAUUGAAAAGAAACAAGGGAAAAUAUUCAAUGAUGCUACGUGAAAAACCAAUUACAUUAUCCAUACAUUUGCAGUUAAUUGAAGCUACGAUAAUGAAUAAUAUCUCUUGUUGUGUAGUAGAUUGAGAGUCUUGAUAAUCUGUAUCAAUCAGCAAGGAAGCAAGUCCUCAUAAAUCUUUCACGAGCAAUUUUCCUAGAUGUUUAAAAUACUAACAUAAGCAUAAUAUAUAUAAAAUAGUAUUAUUACAUUUUGAAAAAAAUAGUAUCUGUGAUCCACUAACGUAAAUAAUUAAUUAGCGAACAUUAAAUUUAUUGUUUCCCGGCUUUGUCAGGCAGGAGACGAGUAAAUUUUUAAGCAGAGAAUGAACACAUACCAAAUACCUCCACUGUGUAAAAUGUCCAUAGAGACAUAUUCGCCAGGUUAUGAUUGUAUUUUUGACAUUAUUUCGUCUGCAAAUAAAAAUUUUGCUUUUCGAUCGGA